CAGCCCCCAACCCUCCUCUUUUAUAAUUAAUUUUAUAGGCAAUUAAUCUGAGGCGUUCUGCAUCAUAAGCAUUUCAGAACUGUUGCAUUGUUUUUCAUUAGAUGUGAGGUUAAUUUAAUUCCCAAGGAAUGCUCUUAUUAAAAAAAUCCCAAAAAUGCCGUGCAUGGUUACUUUAGAAUAUAUUGAUUCAGCAAUAACGACAAGCUGCGUCUCUAAAUUCUAUCCAAAGUUUUUUUUCUUUUUGUGUGCGCGCGCGCUCGAGAGGUUUUUUCUUUUGAUUUGAAUGUGUGAGUUAGCUUGCACGCCCAUUUGGUUUAUCCAUCAGGCAGCUUGCACAACCUACAAGCAGUGGGGCUAAGUUAUCCUACUCACCGGGGUGGAGUUGAUAGACUCAUUCUGAGUGAUUUUAGUUGGGAUUUGAAACUGUGAUUUCCAGAGUUUUUGUGUGUUAACUACCUGGUUAAUCCCUUGCAGACAAGGAAUGUACUGUAUUAAUACUAAGUAGAGAUACAUGGGUGAUUUUCUUAGGGAUUUUAAUCCAAAGGAAUCACUACCAAAUUCUGCAUUAGAAAGAAUUGUUAAUCAUAAAAAGUAUGUUUCGGCAUGGUUGAUUCAUGUCCCGCUCCUACCUCAAGGAAUGAAAUGGGAUGCCUCGAAAAAUGGUGUUGCUCAAGAAGCAGUGCAGAAUAUUAAAAGAGCUAGUAAAACCAUGACGGAGGGAGAGGCAAGGCAGAUUCUUGGCGUCACUGAGAAUUCAUCAUGGGAAGAAAUUGUGCAGAAGUAUGACAACUUGUUUGAGCGAAAUGCUAAAAAUGGGAGUUUUUACCUUCAGUCAAAGAUUCACAGAGCUAAAGAGUGUUUAGAAGCAGUUUACCAACCUAAAGAACCAGAAAAAAAAUAAGUGAACCUCGAAGAAAAAAUCAAUCUCGCCAUCAGCUCGACUAAGAGUUUCGAAUCCAAAAAGGAAAACUCCUCCAGAUGACUAUUGUAUAUCUUUGGUGCUAGUGACUACCUAGUUAGUUCCUCGGAUCUUUGUCAAAAUUAAUUUGGCUGACAGCAGCUUGAGGUUCUUGUAGACACGCUACAAAAUCGUAGAAUACGUUUGUAUUAAUAAAGAUAUCAUGAUUCCUUAGGUAGCUAACGAGGAGUAUUCAUUUAUUCAGGCUUUUCAUUA